AUGAAGAGACAGGAUCCUAAAGACAGAUGCAGAAAGUGCGAGGAACAUUCAUCCCUGGGACGAUUGCAAUGCUAUGAAAGGAUUGGGAGGUUGGACAUCAGAGACAACCUCCAAAUAUACAUGGGAGCAGGGGAAUUUACACCCCUGAAGGAAGCGGCAGGAGUUUAUGUGGCAGAAAACUACCGUGAAGCCUAUACGAAAGCCUACUCACUUCCUGAAGGUUACAUUCUGAGUAAAAAUAAAUGCAAGAAACUUAGAGACGAAGCUCGAAAUGUUGAAGAUGUGGGGAUGCCGUUUGAUGAACUCUCUGUAGCCAAGGUGUUUGACAGACUCAAGCAUGCAUUCAGACAUGUGCCAUCUCUCACAGUGGCCAACUAUACCUUCACGAAAACCUUCCUCAAAGGCAUCAAUCAAGAACAGAGGGAAAAGUUCGUUCAAAGUUUUGGAAUCGCACGUGAAGGCCUGGAGCCUGGGGAUCACGACGUCUUUGGAACAGGAAUAUCUGGUAAUGAUGUCAUUGGAGUUUUCUUCCAAGUUAAGGGAACAACAAACAAAGCAAAUCCAAGGACUAUCAUCAAGAACCUCGCUAAAGCCACCAGACAACGAUUCAGUGAAACCUUCUCAGCGCUUCGGUGCAGAGAUUGCAGAGAACGAAUCCUCACAGCAGAUGAUCUGGAUAAACCAUAUAGUUUCGCAAGAUUCUUGGCGAGACACGGGAUAACAUUGGAGAAGACCUGGGACAGAGAUCCCUAUUCCCCCGUUAUGAAGACGUUUAAGGACAUAUUCGACCUGUAUGUCUGUGCAGCAUCAGCCGUGGACCUCCCACGUAGCCCCACUGAGUUGCUCAUUAGAAGUGAGGAACAAAUGAAGCAGAUGAUUGUGAUUCUCACGCCAAAACAGAGAGAAUUAGUGAAGAGCGUCUCAAAAGUAAUUUUUAUCAGUGGAGGAAGUGGAACUGGCAAGACAUUCGUCCUCAGGAAACGAGCUUUCGAAUUGGCUAAGAGAAAUGAGGUCUUAGUGAUCAAUGUUGCUGGAGGAAGCCUUACACAAGAGUUUCAGAGCGGGUUUGAAGGAAACAUGAAUAUAAAAGUUAUUGAUGGAAGAGAGGAGCAUCUGGCGGAGGAGCUUAAUGUGUUGACGAGUUUUCUUCGGAAGGAAGGAAAAGGGAAACAUGUCGUUAUCGAUGAAGUCCCCAUCACACUUGGAUUCCACGGGAUUCUCACCCCAGAAGCCCUUUCUACUCAUUGGAAGAGUAUCCUGGACAUAAUGAAUGACGUUAACACCAUCACUCUCGCCUUCAGACCGAAUGACCAAACCUACUCCAGGGAUUUCAUUCUACAGGAUGUCAGGCCUGGAAAUUUUCACAUACACAUCCUUCAACGAGUUAAGAGGAACAGCAGAAAAAUAAGCGAAUUGUUCCUGGCUAUAGGGGAUUAUUCUCGAAGGGUGUUCAUUUCACGUGAGAGGACCCUUCCAAUGAAUCAAGGGGAUCAUAAGGAGUCUGGGAGGGGAUCCCUCCCUGGCAUCUACCUCCUUCCAUCUUGCUUCUCCCUUCAUCCAGCCACAUGUCAAGAUGAAAUGAUCUGUCGUGCUGUCAGGGUUUCCCAUGCUAUUAUAUUUCUUCAUUCCAAGUUGUCCAAUUCGUUGCCAGUCAUUGUCAUUGUUGAUCAUAAGAGGAUGAAAAUGGCUCUUGUGAACAUCCUCACUUCCAUUGACGAUUCACUCUUUGUUAUCUUCUUGAGUGAGAGCAGAGAAUUCUCACAGAAGGUAUCGACAGCGUCCAUUCCACUCGUCAUCGUCACUGAAGAUGAAAUAAUAGGGUGUCACCUCAGGAACGUUGUCGUGGUUGUGGAUUUCCCUCAGACUCAAUGGAGAAACUACAAUCGAACGAUCGCAGCUAGCUGUGACAAUGUGACCCUAAUUAUUGAGGAAGAAGAGUGGAGAAUGGGGAAGUAUUCUCGCCUUUCAGAGGAAAUUCCAGGAUGGAAGAUCAAAAUGACAGGCAUCGAUGAAGGUCUCAGGGGAGAAAUUGAAAUUGCAUGGAAGAAUUACAAGGGAAAUGCGAUUGGAUUUAUUCGUGAAGCAGCAUUUUCCCCUGCAGUCCUUCCUGCAAUGGAGAUGGAUAAUGAAAUUGGAAAUGAAGAGGAAGAUGAGAGGGAUGUAGAGAAGAUGCUCAGCUCUUUGCUUACCGGGUUAUUUGGUUACCCAGGCUCAGGAAAAUCCAGGAGAGUAAAUAUGUUGAUUAAGCGAGUGUUAGCGCUUCAUGGUCGAGUUUUCCUUGUUCACUGUGGAGGUUUCUUGUCUCAAAAACUUCUCCAACAGCGUUGGGAUGCUGAGACGAAUGUGAAUAUCUUGCUCCAAUCAGAUUAUAUCGAUUCCCUUCCGAGAAUCAUCGACGCCGUUAAAAAGAGACAGGCAAUGAAUGAAGCAAUAAAAGGUCCCACGGUCGCGGUCGUCGAAGAUUAUACACUUUCGAGAUAUACGGAAGGGGAGUUGAAUAAGGCCAUGCAACAAUUGAAAUAUUUAGGUAUAAAGCUAAUCCUCGUUUCAAAACCGCACUCGAGAGACGCCAUGGGAACCACAAUAGAGAACGUAAUAAAACUCCUGAAAGACACUCCCAACUGCACCGUCAUUUCCCUCCUCUCUGAUGUUUUCAGCCUAAGGCUCCUUAACUACGUGAAGCAGAACGAGGUUCCAUUAGAAUUAAACUUGAAAGCUAAGAGCUUACUCACCACUUCAACUCCAGGCUCCGUCGUUCCUGGUCCACAAGUCAAAUGUUACAGACAAUGUUCAGGGCGUCAUGCUGGAUAUAUAUGUGAAGGAGAACAUGUAUGUGGACCGCAAAUCAAGAGGUCCGUCCCUAUGUUUUCCUCCAUUCUCUCCUCUCUACGAGAGAAUAAUAGCAGAGUUGGCAUUGUUGUUCUGCUCACGGAUGAACACCUCCUGAAGAAAUUCACGACGGCAUUUUCCAACCAAGACCAUGACAUCCACUUCUCGCAUCCUAAAGAUUUUCGGGGAUGCGAAAGCUCAGUUGUCAUAUCGAUCAACAUUGGGGAUGAGUGGAUACUGGAAGCAAUAUCUCGUUCCAGAACUCAGCUUUUCAUCAUCGACGACAUCCAGGAGCAUAGGGAUCUUUGGCGAACGAUGGCUGAAGAAGGCCGCGUCGAGGCUUUGAAUCUUCCUUUCAUUUGCGUCUCGGAUAUCCUAUCGCUUGAUGACCUCGGAAAGUUCCUGAAAAGGCCGACAUGGGAUGAUGUAGGAGAAAGAAUAGGCAAUGAGGCAGUGGGAAGAGGAGACCUCUUGCACGAGAGCACCGGCGUCAUUCUUUCUCUCUCUCCAGAGACAUGGGAAUACCUCAAUAGUGAAGAAAACUUCCCCCUUUCGUCGACUUCCUCCCCUUUCGCAGAUUGGGGAUAUGUAUGGGAUGGAAAUUGGGAGGGGGAACCCUCUUGGGUUCGUGGCAUGGAGAAGUUCUUCAGAGAAAGAGGGGUGGAAUGGAAUAAUGAGUCUCAACCCCAACCUUAUCCCCCAGUGACUCUAAAAAUGGAUGAAAGGAUUAGCGAAUCUGGAGGAGUGUUGGAGUCCCUGUCCAUGUAUCUUACGGGAUCUCUCAUGCACUUCAGUCUCAUUCAG